AUGCCUGACGAGAAGGAAAAGCAUUCUGAAAGCCGCACGAGCGAGAGUGAGGAUGAGAGAACACUGGUUGAACAAUCCGCCGUUGCCGACUUGAAGGAGAAAAUUCGUUGCCUUAAAGAGUCGUUGAAGAUGCUGCUUGAAAAAGUCAAUCCAUCAUCAACUGAAGAGUCUUCACCACAUCAGCCCGUUGCGAAAUUAGUUGAACUGCCACAUUCUUCAAUGGUACCACCUACGGCACCUACAUGUAAUAUUUUUAUGCCACCGAACAACACAAAGCCAUCAUCACGCCAGCCGAUGCAACAAAAGAUAAGUAUUGACAACAUUUCUUUACCUACUACAUUUAUUCCGAAUGUUAGCUUGCCCUAUUAUUCAAAUACGUAUAUGCCGCCACAAGGUGUACAAGGUGUACCGCUGCCGCCGCCACGCCAUUGUCCAACCCACAAAUUUACUAUGAACACCGCCCGAUACGGAGACUACAACUAUACGAAUUUGGAAAACCUGUCCCGUUUACAGAAAGAGUUGAAGGGUGAUGCUAAGGAUAUAGUGGAAGCCUAUUUAAUCCAUCCAGAAAACGUAAAUCAAGUAAUGGCAACAUUAGAAUUUCACUAUGGUCGACCACAAAUUAUGAUACGCAGUCAAAUUUCCAAAGUACGUGUCUUUCCGGACAUACCUGGAAAUAGAAUUCAUGAAAUUAUCAACUUUAGUUCAAUGGUAUCGAAUUUGACAGUUUUCUUAGAAAAUGCUGGUGCCAUACCACAUUUGUGUAAUCCAACUUUACUGGACGAAUUGAUAAAUAAAUUACCUCUUGCCAAGCGUGAAGAGUGGAUGAAAUAUUCCUUGAACCAUUUGGGCCAGUAUCCGAGUGUGAGGGAAUUUAGCGUUUGGCUACAGGAAGUUGCUACAUACGUUUCCUUUGCUAUGGAAGUGGAUGGUAAUGGAAAUGAGGCAACCGGCUCCAAACGAGGUAAGAUAAGGCCAUCAUUUGCUAUCACGACACAAAAAACUCAUCAGCCAAUUUGUUUCAAAUGUAAACAAAGCCAUUACCUGAACCAGUGCGCCAAGUUUAAGGGCAUUUCUAUGGCCGAGCGAUGGAAGUUUGUAAAAUACAACCAUCUGUGUUUUAGUUGUUUACAUACCGGUCAUAAUUCCUUGAAUUGUAAUAAUCGCCGUCAGUGUGGUUUAGAUAGAUGUGCGAAAUAUCACAAUCGUUUGUUGCAUGAAAAUAGGAUUAUUGACGGUAAUGAUGAUGACAAUCGAAAUGUUGUACAAUGUCAGAACGAUAGUGAUGGCACUUUGGGAACAGUUGAUGAGAAUGGUAGUAGCAACAACACACUUGUAACAACGAUUGUUGGUAAUUAUUCGAAUAAGGAAACACUAUUUAAAUUUUUGCCAGUGCAGUUGAAGGGGCCCAAUGGUUGUGUAAAUGUUAUCGCUUUUAUUGAUAAUGGUUCGAAAAUAUCACUUUUGGAGGAAAAAGUAGCGAAACAAAUUGGACUGCAGGGACCAAAGGGUAAUUUAUCACUUGGUUGGAUUGGAGGGAAGACCUCAAAUGAAAUUUCAACGACAAUAAAUUUGGAAAUUAGCAGUAUGGCUGAGGACAAUUGUAGUUUCCAAAUGAGGAACGUUAGGACGACGAGGAGUUUACAACUGCCCCCUCAAAGUCUACAUAUUGACAAAUUUAAAAGGAAAUUUCCUCUGUUGAAUGAUAUCGUUAUUGAUGAUUAUUUUGAUGCCAUUCCUAAGUUGUUAAUUGGUCUGCCACAUACGAGUCUUGUACGCCAGUUCGGUAUUAUAAAUCUGGACAAAAAUUUUGCUGUACAUCAGACGAAAUUGGGAAAUAUUUUGUUCGGUUCCAAUGAGGAAGUUAUGGAAGCCACUGUGUGUGUGAUUGAUUUUCAGAAUUUCGGGGAUGUACAACAACAAGUUUCUGAAUAUUUCUCAUUGGAGAAUUUUGGCAUGAAAGCAGCUGAACCUGUCAUAUCUGAAGAUUAUAAAAGGGCCGAGGAAAUACUUGAGGGAACUACUGUAAGGAAGGGUAUUCAUUAUGAAACUGGGCUUUUAUGGAAGCAAAGUGAUUUCGAAUUUAAGGAAAGUUUUCCAGUUGCGUUAAAGCGUCUUCUCGGAGUGGAAGCCAAAAUGAGGAAGGAUGAUGAUUUGGCUAAAUGGUACAAAGGGAAAAUUAAUGAGUACGUCUUGAAAUCAUAUGCAAGGAAAUUGCCCCCUGAAGAGGCUAUAAUUGAAAAUAAUUACACUUGGUAUCUACCCCACUUUGUUAUUACCAAUGUUAAAAAAGGUAAUAAACGUCGUCUAGUUUUCGAUGCAGCCGCGCUCGUUGAAGAUAUGCGGGAGAUGUUUCAUCGUAUACGAAUUCGCGAAGAAGAUCAGCCAGCACAAAGAUUUCUAUGGCGAGAUGGUGAUAGUUUGAAACCUCCAGAUGUUUACGUUAUGUAG